CCAAUUUCUCUCUCUCUCUCUCUCUCUCUCUCUCUACAUCCGUUUCCUAGGGUCAAAGCUAUCCAAGACUGCUUCAAAGCCUCAAAACUUUCGUGUGAAGUGAAGAAUCAUCUGAGGGGCCUAUCAAAGUAAAAAGAAAAGAAAGGAAAAGCUUCGAGAUCAUCGGUGGUCUCCUCUUUCUUGUUUCUUGAAUCAAGAGAGAUCGAUAAGGUAUGAGCUGCAACGGUUGCCGAGUUCUUAGGAAGGGCUGCAGCGAGUCCUGCAUCUUGCGGCCUUGCCUGCAGUGGAUCGAGAGCCCCGAGGCCCAGGGCCACGCCACCGUCUUCGUCGCCAAGUUCUUCGGCCGCGCCGGCCUCAUGUCCUUCAUCUCCGCCGUCCCCGAAGCGCAGAGGCCCGCGCUGUUCCAGUCGCUGCUGUUCGAAGCGUGUGGAAGGACGGUGAACCCAGUGAACGGGGCGGUGGGGCUGCUGUGGACCGGCAGCUGGCACGUCUGCCAGGCGGCGGUGGAGACCGUCCUGCGCGGCGGCUCGCUUCGGGCCAUGCCGGAGCUCCUCGACGGAGGCGGUGGCGGCGCCUCCCUCCCUGCGUCCGACGAGGCCUCGGAGGCAGGCGACACGUGUGCCGACGCAUGGAAGCUCCACGAUCCGAAUCCGGGAUCCCGAUUCUCGACUUCGAGGUCGAGGGUCUCCCCAAAGCGCAAUAGGCUUGAUGCUGCCGCCGAUAACGCCAAGCGCCUCCUCCUCCAGCCGAUCGAUCUUGAUCUCCGCCUCACGCCGACGAACUUUCAGGCCAAGACGAAGUCGGCCCUCAAGGCCGUCCAUCAGACGCGGCGGCCGGGGACCCCGUCGAUGAAUUCGGAGGAGUCCGGCACGACGACGUGCUUCGAGAGCAAUAAUAAUGUGGGAGAACCGGAGACGAAGCUCCUCAAUUUGUUCACCUGACCGGAGAGAAAGCUUCGACGUCGUCCUCUUCCUUCCUUUUCCUUUUCUUGGGUGUUUCUUACGAUCGCAUACGCGAGUUAGCUCUCGGGGUAUUAUUCUGCUAAUUGAUUCUCUUUGUUAAAUUUUUUCUUUUUCUUUUCUUUAAUUUUCCUUUCUUUAAGUGGGAAAAUCGUAGCCGGAGUAGUUUUCCGGCGAAGUUUUGUAAGUCAGCCGGCGAAACCCGAUUUCUCUCUCUCUGAGUCUUGAAAAGAAAGAGAGAAAAAUGAUAGUUUGUCGGUGCUCUCUUUCUUCUUCUUCUU